UUCUUUUAUCACUUGACUUAGGAUCAGGGGCGGAGCCACGUUAGCUCCAGGGGGUUCGGAUCCCCCUCGGCAAAAAAUUACAGUGUUUUUUCAAAGUUAAAAUUAUUUUAUUAUGUAUAUAUAGUAGAUGUUGAACCCCCUGACUUCUUCGUGUAUUUACCUUUUAGAAUUUUUGAACUCCCUAGAUGAAAAUCCUGGUUCCGCCACUGCUUAGGAGUCGUGUGAGAUGAUACGUGACAACUUUAUCUACUCAUGCCAAAUCACAAGAGAGCCGGGUAAGAUUAUGAAAAGGGCCCUUCUAAUUCAAAUCGAACUGUGCUGUUGAUUAGCUUCACCUAAUUUAUUGUUCGCAUUUAUAAUACGGUUCAAUUCAAUGUAGCAAUUUGUCAUUUCCGUCCACUUUAAUAACAACUCAAUUCAAAAAAAGAACAAGAAAAUUUGAUAUGUAAUCCACAAUGCUUGAAAAUUUUGAACUGCAUUACCACUAACUUCUCUCGUUGUGGGGUCAGAACUUUAAUAGCUGAACGGUGAAAUCUAACUUUUUGGCUUUAUUUUUUUUUAAGUACUCUUUUUGUUCAAAAUACUAGUCCUGGUUCGAUUCUCAGGGUUAAUUUGCUUAAUUUUUGAAUUUAAAUUGGAUCAAAUUAAUUUAAUAUUUUAAAUAAUUUUUUUAGAUUUUUGAAAAUUAUACAACACUUACUAUAAUUUGUAAUUCUUCUUAUAUUAAUUUGGUGAAGAAAUAUAUUUUAAAAUGAAAAGUAACAAGUAUUUUGGGACAAAAUGAGUAGUAAAGAUUCUGAAUUGCUUUAACUUUGAAAUUUAGGCUAUAGCUUGUCCAUGAGCGGGCUCUUGUCAUGAAAUGCAACGAUCCUUUUGGCCUGAAACGUCUUGGAAACUUUUGAUGCUUUUUGCAGGCCAAAUACUUAAACAAAUUUUGUUUUUUUCACAAGAAAAGAUGUAUUAUUGUAUUUGAAUACUCUUUAAUUCUAAAAUUUUCAUUUUACUUUUAGUAACAUACUUAUUGUUGCAAAAAUUACUAGCAUGUUUAUAGUUUGACCCUUGGUACAUUGCCAAAAAUCUUUAUUUAUAAUUCAAAAUUCAUUCUCAAUCAAUCAAGGCAUAAAAAAAAAAAUGGAACACGUGACUCAAAAAUUAAACCCAGUGCAUCGUGAACGUCACCUCUUACUGAACCCAUGAAACGUUUAUAAACCCCCAUAAGCAAAUAGCUUGCACUCUCACUCUCCCUCUCUCAUGCCCAUUAAUAAACAUAAGAGAACAACCUUCGAUGAGAACAUAUAAAUUUUUUAUACCAUCAAUAUGAGUUACAAGAAAUAAAUAUAAUUCUUCUAACAAAUCUGUAUUUGAUAACUUAAAAUAAUCAUCAAAUAUUGUUAUGAUGGUAUAAAUAAUACUCCCUCCGUCCUAUAAUAAGUGUCAUCUUAGCCAAAAACACGCAUAUUAAAAAACUAAUAAUGCGAUAUGAAUUUUACCAAAUUACCCCUAUAUAAUAAAAACAAAUUACUUUUACCUUUUGAUUAGAGCAUGCAUAAGAAGUAAACCUUUUGACAUUGGAAAUCCAACAAUACCAAAUUACUAUGUGACUUUUUCAAUCACCAUUUAGAUGUUACUUUAUUGUUUAAGGAUAAAAUUGGGAAAACUAGUCAAUUUGUGUCUUGAUUUCCUAAGAUGACACUUAUUAUGGGAUAAAAGUUAUUUGGCUAAGGUAACAUUUAUUAUGGGACAGAGGGAGUAGUUGUGACAUUGUCCGUGUAGGUAACUUAAAUUCAAAUGCAGUCAUGCAAAACGUAUUCACGUGUCACAUUACAUACUUCUCAAGUAAUGGCAGUGUCAUCCUUUUCCUAAAAGUAGCUCGAAAAUUAUAUUAUAUAGUAUUAAAUAGGUCAAAUAUACACAUAUACUAUUCUGAAUCUUUUUUAUUUGUUCAUGCAUUUAUUUUCCUAGUUUUUCUUACUGAAAGUUAUGGCUAGUAGCUUAUGUGCAUCCGCAUAUAUGUUAUGUCCAAUUUGUGUAGCUUAGCUUCUUCAUAUCAAACAUUUGGUGUUUGAAUUUUGCACUCUGUGUGUAGCUUAGCUUUUAAGUUCUUGCAUUCUGGUAAUUUAUCCACAGUUACUGAUCAAAUAGCUGGAAAGUGAGUUUUUCUUUUGUUCAGAAUACAUUUUAGCUUUCUGGAUACAAUCUAAACAGUUUCUCUGAAUACAUAUCUUAUUUACUUAUCUCCACCCUAUUCCCGAAGUUAUAGUCUUGAAAUUUUAGAUUGGUAACUAUUUUGUGAAAAAAAAUAAAAAGAAUUCAAUGGUAAUUAGUAGUAUAUGUUUUCUCUUGUCAAUGGUAUAAGAAUUUGAGGAUUUUUAUUUGGAAAAAGAGAGAAGAAGAUUAUGCUACCAAGAUUGUAGCUAACAGUGAAUAUACAUCAAUUUGAAUUUAUCUUUAAUUUUGUGCUUCCUCUAGAUGAUUGUGUUGGCCCCAAUCUCAGCCUUCCAUACGAUGAAUUCGGCGUUAUCAACGAAUAUCUUGUUUGACUUACCUAUAUCAGUGUUGGCCUUAGGAUGAGAUGUGAUGGUUUUACUCAAUCAGUGUCCAAUGUUGCUGAUCCUUGCCUGUUCUUUUCUUCAAAGAUGAUGAAUCACGACUGCUAGAGCAGUUGAGUGUUCCGCGAUCAGCCAUAACAGUGUUGUCAAAAGCCAACUCAAGUUGACUUUAAGCCCUGGCUAGGUGCAGCUACGUAUGAUGAAGGGGGUUCAAUUGAAUUCCCGUUGCCAGAAAAUUGUCUCCAAGCUAGGCUUUGGUUGUUUAGGACUUUCAGGAAUAUUAAAUACUCCUCUGUCACAUGAAGCCGGAGGCUCAAUCUUAAAGGAAGCAUUCAAUAAAGGCAUCACCUUCUUUGACACAUCUGAUUUAUAUGGGCAUGACGGUCACAAUGAAAUAAUGGUUGGAAAGGCACUGAAGCAGCUUCCUCGUGAGCAAGUCCAACUGGCGACCAAAUUUGGGCUGAUAAUUUCUGAGGACUUUCAGUGUCAUGUCAAAGGCACUCCAGAAUAUGUACGGCAAUGCUGUGAAGAAAGUCUUAAGUGGCUUGAUGUAGACUACAAUGAUCUAUAUUAUCCACACCGAAUAGACACAACUGUGCCUAUAGAGGAAACUGUAAUCAACUUCAUGGAGGAGCUCAAGAAAUUAGUCGAGGAGGGAAAGAUUAGGUACAUUGGCUUAUCCGAAGCCAGUGUGGACACAAUUAAAAGGGCACAUGCAGUUCAUCCCGUCACCACUGGACAAAUGGAGUAUUCUCUUCGGACUCAUGAGAUAGAAGAGGAUGUAAUUCCGCUUUGUAGGGAACUUGGCAUUGGGAUUGUUGCGUAUAGCCCCCUCGGCCACGGGUUCUUUGGUGGGAAGGCAGUCACAGAAAGCUUGCCCACGGGAAGUAUGAUGGGUGCGCAUCCAAGGUUUAAUGAACAGAAUUUGGAGAAGAACAAAGUUCUAUACUCACGAUUCACUAACAAAGCAGCAAAGCAUGGCUGCACACCUCCUCAACUAGCUUUAGCGUGGCUUAUGCAUCAGGGAGACGAUGUAGUUCCAAUACCUGGGACAACAAAGAUCAAGAACCUCAAUGACAACAUCCAGUCUCUAGGGGUGAAACUAACACCAGAGGAUUUGAAGGAAAUUACUGACUCUAUUCCUAUUAGUGAAGUCUUUGGAGAAAGAGACCAUGAAGUGGUUUCAAAGUAUGAUUAUCGGUUCGCUAAUACACCAUUAAAGCAGUAACAUCACGCCCGUGAUUACUGGUGUAAAAGAACUAAAUCAACUAUUCUGUGCUUCAGUAAGUGAACUUAACCUUUAUUUGUACCCCUUGUUGGAGGCGGACUUCCUGGGUACAUCAUUUGGUGCUUACUUUUUUUUUGGGUUAAAGGCACAAUAUCCAGUGCAAAAAAGAAUGAUUAACAAAAUAAUCUUAUGAAAAGCACUAAUGGGAUUUGAUCUCGGGUCGAUGCUGUGGAAAGCCACAGCUUCAGCCAGUGCACCAAGUACACUUGUUGUUUUUAAGACUGCACAGUUAAAUAUACAUAACUUUUUCAGUUAUAUACACAUAUAUAUACAAAAAGUUUUCUGAAGUUAACGAGUGCACGUGCCCCUUCCCUGCCACAUGGGUCUGCCUCUGCCCCUUUUUCCAGUUAAGCUUCCUCAAGAGAAGUACUCCUAUGCUCUAAGGGCUAAGGUCAGGGACAUUCUCUUUGUAUCAUUUAAUAAUUGUUGUUGUAGCAGUAGUAGUAGUACACAAUUGCAUAUCUAUCUCCUUUCUUCCUCUUUUUUUUUUUUUUUCCACCUAGUUUAUGCAAUGACGUCCUAAUAUGUCAAC